UAACAAUGCACGCACAGUUUACGUACACAUCCGCUCAGCACGUUUCGCAGCUCAGUCGCUUCUUGGUUAGCGGGGGGCACAGGCCUGUGUCAUGAGGCGAAACGCGAUCGAAAACCGUGACACUGACAUCAAAAUGGCGGAGGAUGCGGCGGUUAUAGUGAGACAGGCGUGCAAACAUUACGGCAGCAAGCGAACGGGGAAAGUAAUCCUGGAUAAUCUCAACAUGACAGUUCCCAGGGGAUGCAUUUAUGGGCUUCUCGGAGCAAGUGGCUGUGGAAAGACUACAUUACUGAGUUGCGUUGUGGGACGCAAACAACUAAACUCCGGGGAUGUCUGGGUCCUGGGUGGUAAACCAGGCUCUAGGGGCAGUGGGGUGCCUGGACCCAGGAUAGGAUACAUGCCACAGGGUGGACAAAAGAGACGAGUUUCGUUUGCCGCAGCACUGGUCCAUAACCCAGAGCUACUGAUUCUGGACGAGCCUACUGUGGGACUGGAUCCUGUCCUACGAUCUAGCAUCUGGGAUUACCUUGUUCAGCUGACAGCGAACCAUCAAAUGACAGUUGUCAUUACAACUCAUUACAUAGAGGAGGCCAAAGAAGCUGAUGUGAUAGGUCUAAUGAGGGGUGGAAAACUGCUGGCAGAAAGACCACCACAGCAACUGAUGUCAGCAUUCAACUCUUCAAAUUUAGAAGAAGUAUUUCUUACCCUCAGUAAGAAGCAGGAAGAAGCAGAUACUGAUAUACGUUCCACACUUGCAGACACACUAUUGGACAGUAUUAUGGAGCAAGAGAAAGAACCUCAAGUGAUACCUCACAUCGACACCAUCAGUUCUGAACAAGGCAACAGGAGGAAGUUCCACACUUCAUCUUCACAGCGAAUGCGUGCAUUACUCAUCAAGAAUUUUAAUAGGAUUUCUCGUCAUUUAGGGGGCCUGUUCUUCAUUUUCGGAUUCCCAGUACUAGAAGUUGUAAUAUUCUUCCUUGCAAUUGGUGGAGAUCCCAAGGGACUCAAGUUGGCAGUAGUGGAUGAAGAGUUAGGAAACUUCACCAGCUGCAUGCAGUACAGUUUCUUCAACCCCACUGAACCAAUUCUCCAUAAAGAUGAAACAUGUGACUUUCAUGGUCUCAGCUGCAACUAUCUGAACCGCAUCAAUCAAAGCAAGGAAUAUUACCAUGAUGUGGAAAAAGCCAUAGAGUCUGUGAAGAAAGGAGCUACUGUAGGAAUGCUGCAUUUCCAUAGAAACUUCAGCAGGCAGCUACAGUUGCGUCUGGAUGAUGGGAAGGAUGCAUCAAACACAACAAUUGAAGAAAGCGAGCUAGGGGUACACCUAGACAUGUCCAAUCGUCAGAUUGGUUUCUUUUUGGAAAAAAAUCUUCUGCAAGCAUACCUUGAUUUGGCACAAGAUGUCAUGAGAGCAUGCAACCAAAGUACAAAACUGGCACAAGUUCCAAUGCAGUUCAAUGAUCCAGUAUAUGGUGUGAAUGAUGAAAAUUACGCAGUAUUCAUGGCUCCAGGGCUUAUAAUGUCGUUAAUAUUCUUUCUGGCUACUAGCCUAACAUCAUCUAUACUCAUAACGGAACGGAAUGAAGGUGUCUGGGAUCGUAGCAUUGUGGCAGGUGUAACAACAACAGAGAUUCUGAUAGCACACAUAAUUUCACAGAUGGUUUGCAUGUUAAUGCAAAUGACUAUUAUACUGAUAUUAGCAUUCUGGGCAUUUGAUGUUCCUUGUGUUGGAAAUAUGGUCACUGUUACAGUGAUGGUUGGUCUUCAAGGAUUCUGUGGCAUGUGUUUUGGUUUCCUCGUUUCAACGACAUGUGACAAUCUCACAACAGCAAAUUACUUUUCGCUCGGUAGCUUCUAUCCUUACAUAUUCUUAUGUGGCAUGUUGUGGCCACUUGAGGGUAUGCCAGAACUGCUACGAGUGGUGGCCUUCUGUCUGCCAGGCACAGUUCCCAUUGUGUCGAUGCAUGAUAUCCUGAGACGAGGGAAAAGCAUACUAGACUCACAGGUAUACAGUGGAUUCCUCAUCACCAUUCUGUGGAUUCUGCUUGAGUGUGGCUUCUGUAUUUUUAUACUCAAGUUAAAAAGCAAGAAAACCUGAGAUUCAUGUUUUUCACUGUUGGUAUUAUGUGAAAUUUGAUACGUGGUCCUCUUAAAGAAGGAAAUUCACAGCUUGAGGUCAUGUGGUUAUGGAACAGUGUUACUCUUCCAGUGGGAUACAUCCCAUUAGUGGGAACUGAUGGUCAGCUGGGUGGCAUAUGAGGUCUCACAAAUAAUGAUUAAUUCAAUCACAAUGGAAUUUUCCUGCACUGCAUGUACAGAAUUCUCAUUAGUGCUGUACAAGAAUCAUAUUUCUGCUAACAGAAUUAUAUCAUUAGGCUUGAGAUUCUCAUGGCACUGACUGUGAAGUGUAUGGCUUUCUGGGUUGUAAUAUUGGUAGUUUAAAGAGAGAUCAAUGUUUCAGAGAAAUAUGUUGCCUCCAUCUUCAGGAUCAAAGGGUAAGCCAAGCAAGAAACCAGCAGAAGCAGAUGGAAAAAUAAGCGAAAUCUGUGUGGAAUAUGUGGCCUGAUAUAAUCCAGUCCAUGUCUGCAAGGAGCAUUCAAAAAGCUGAUUGAAGAGUGACCACUGUCUGAUAGUGGAGUCAGAGAGAGCCAAUGGAAGCAAAGGAAAUGGUACUUAUUUGGGACCUGAACAGGGCCAUUUGCAACCAACUGAAGUUGGGCUAGAGAAAAGUUUUAUGUAUGAUGUCUGGAGAACAGGCUAGGCAGGGGUAAAAGGACCAAGAGGAACGGAAAAUAUGUACCAAGAAGAGUGAGGUAAUAUACUGUUACCAAAACAGUCAAGGAAGCCUAGGAGUACUGAAAGGGCAGACUCCAUGCCCUCAAAUGUAGCGGGGGCAUGUGCCAACUUGCUUGAAGAACCAUUUUGCAAGAAACCACCUACGAGGAAGGUUUCUCGCAUUAUCUCAGUGAGAAGAUGAGAGGUUCCCAUGAAUUACUUAAACAGAUAUCAUCCUUCAAGUUCAUGUUGUUGGGAUGGAGCUGGCUACAUUGACCGAAAUUGAUGCUGCACUUUGCCAUUGCCGGAUUGACGGGAUGUUCAAGACAUCUGUCAUUUGAGUGGUGGCCCUCUCACAGCUACUUACAGGCCAGAUCUUUCAUGUGCAGUUUGCUUAGCUUUCCACCUGGUUUUGUUCAUGUUACUGGUGUUGUUGUUGUUGGCUUACUCCUCAACCCUGUAGAUGGAAGUGAUAUGAUCCUCUGAGAUUUGAACUGUCUCAAAACUGCAUGAGCUAAUAACCCAAAAGAUCAUACUCUUCAGAUCUGCAUUGCUUCUUAUUGUAGUAAUAAAAUAUGUUAUAAAAAACUGUGACUUUAUAUUCAUAAGAACUGUCAUUAAUAAUUAAAAUAGUAUUAAAAAUUACAUAAUUGUAGAAGUACAAUUCUCAAAAAGGAAUAAACUUUGUUUUUGAUAUGAUCAGACACUUCUUAUACAAAUAAAUGACAGCAUGCAAGAAACAAAAUAUUUGGAAUCCCUUGUGCUGUAAGCAGUUACUGACUAAGGAUCAGCAUCAUAGGAAUGUAAAAUGUAUCACAGUUUAAUGUUUGCCAGACCAAGGAGCCCUACUUAAUAUUAUAUUCAAAGUUUUGGCCACAUAGUAAAUAUAAAGAAUUCUUAUUUAAAGACCGCAACUAAAAAGGGAUUAAAUCAGACACUUAAUGUAAGACAAUAUUAAAAUUUACUGAACUAUGUAAUCUAUUACUGCAAAGAUAAAUUUGUCAUUAAAUAUUUCAUGAAGUAAAAUUAAUGCAAACCAAACUUUUUCACACAAAUUUUAUUCACAAAGUGGAAUGAUAUAUAUCUGUGUUUAUUCCAGUAAGUGGUAAAUCAAAUUAUGAUUAUUACAUGUCUUGCAUUAAAUAUAAGUAAAACAGUG